AUGGGUAAACUGUGCCCUCUAGAGCCAAAAUCCAAGGUUCACAGCGCAUCACAAUCGCUGCCAGGAAAACUUCAGAGGAACAACAAUGGCAAAGCAGGUGACUUGGUGUUCAUAGUCAGUCUCACCUUGGCCUUAUCUGGGGCUUCCAUAUCUCAAAAGAUUAAACUGCCUAAAUUAGACUGUGCUCUCACCAGACACAGCGAGAAGUCCCUGGGGAGCCGGAGAGGAACGAUGGGUUUUUGCUGGAGCGGGGAGUGUGGCAACAGGCCUUGCUGGGCAGACCAUUACAUGCCCUGCUACGCUGGUUGGGUGGGCCCCACUGUGCUGCUCUGCAUCUAUGGUUUCUGCUCCAUGAUGAGACCCAUAGAGCCCUUCAUGACAGAGUUUCUCACGGGAACUUACAAGAAUCUCACCAGCGAGCAGGUAACUAGACAAGUGAUUCCUGUGUGGACUUACUCCAGCCUGGUUCUCCUUGCCCCAAUCCUCUUGGUGACAGACUUCCUCAGGUAUAAGCCUGUAAUCAUUCUCCAGGGGCUCACCUAUGUCACAGCAUUUCUGCUGUUACUAGUUGGCUCAGGAGUCCACUCGGCUCAGUUGGCUUUCUUCUGCUACAGCACUGCCACAGCAGCAGAUGUGGCCUAUUUCUCCUACAUUUACAGCAUGGUGCUGCCCAGCUAUUAUCAGAGAGUGACCAGUUACGUCAGGGGGGCCAUACUGCUGGGCUACGCUGUUGGUGCCCUGCUGGCACAACUGCUAGUGUCUUUGGGUGGUGUGUCCUUGUAUUGCUUAGCUUUUGUGACCCUCAUCUCUGUCUCUGUAUCACUAAUAACCUCAUUUUUCCUGCCCAUGCCGGAGUCCAGGUUAUUUCUUAACAGAACAUAUUCUGCACAACAGGGAAACUCAGCUGAGGACAAUCACGACUCUGAAAGCCUGGACAUCUCUGUCUGGGUAAAGGGCAUGAUGGCUGCCAAGCAGGUUGGGAGGAUGUUCAGAAGGCUUAUAUGGGACUGUAAGAAAUGUUAUUCUUCUGCGGCUGUGCUCUUCUUCUGCAUAUGGGCAGCUGCUGGGAGAUGCGGCUUUACCCAGGUUACAAGCUACGUCCAGCUUCUAUGGGUUUAUAUGCAGCCCCAUAACUUCACAGCCUACAAUGGGGGGGUGGACGCCAUCAGCACAUUGUCAGGAGCUGCAGCCACUGUUGCUGUGGGACACGUGUCUCUGGAGUGGUCUGUGUGGGGGGAGCUGGUCCUGGGGGUUUUCACAUUCCUGAUCGCUGGGUCUGUAUUCCUAAUGGAUAUGUCUGACAACAUCUGGAUCAGCUACGCAUGCUUCUUCCUGUUCAAAACAGUUUACAUGCAGCUCACCACCAUCUGCACUUUUCAGAUAGCCAAGAUGCUGAACAGGAGCCGCUUUGCUUUAGUAUUCGGGAUGAACAGUUUUGUGGGCACAGUCCUUCAGAGUGUCCUUACCGCCAUCGUCAUCAACACCAAGUCUCUUCAGCUCACCAUCACCUCGCAGUUUCUUAUCUACGCCUCGUACUUUGCUGCCAUUUCUGUGCUGUUCACAGUCAGAGGUGUGUAUACUUUGCUCCAUAUGAAACUUCCCACUGGGGGCCACCAGCCAGAAAGAGCCAACGCCCUGCCAGAGGCCUCACAUCUGUGAAGAAUCUCUGAGACACAAAAAAACAAGGAUUUUUAACAUAACUGUCAUCAAUUUCAACAUCAGCAGCA